AUGGAUCAGACGAUAUGGUUCCAGGCUAUUCGAACGAACAAUAUUGAGUUCGUGGAGGAGUAUUGUGAGCGCUACAAGUGCUCCCGGACCGAAGAUGGAGAUACUGGCCUGAUCCUGGCCACGCGAUCCAACUAUGUCGACAUAGUGGCGAUUUUGGCCGAGGCAGAAGCAGGGCUUACAGGUCGUGACGGUCGAACAGCGCUUCUCGUUGCUACCGAAUACGGUCUCCCAGAUAUAUGCAAGAUUUUAGCUCCUCGAGAGCACACAAUCAUCACCCCCGAAGGUCAGACUGCCAUUAUGAUCGCCCUAGGACGCGAGAACCUGGCCGUUGUCAGGGCACUGGCGCCCUUCUUUGGGCGCGAGACAGAUAAGGAUGGGAGGACGGCCUUAAGCUAUGCCGUGUCCGCAGGAAAUGCUGAGGCCACUAGUCUUCUAUUGGACACCUUAAAGUAUACCUCAGAGGACAUAGAAGCAGAGAUAUCUGUUGCUAACUCUAAAAGCUGCACAGAAGUCCUUGCUAUAUUGCAACAGUAUCUUUCCAACAAUGCUAAGGUUUCGCUUAAAAGCCGUCCGUCCAGUGGCCGUCCGUCUGGACAGCGAGGUUCUGUUGACGAUCUCCCCCCUCACCACUCCCCCCUCAAUCCCGCCUUCUCCUCUGAAUUGCAGGAUAGCCUGAAGCAGCCAGAUUUUAACGGUCUCGAUGCCAUGAAGUCCGAAGACGAGCACCUCGACUUCGUAGCCCCCAGUGAAGAGGGCUACGCUGCUCUUUCCAAAUCAGAGACAUUUCAGCCGCACAAGGCCUCUGCUAGGCUGGACUCAUGGCUAGACAACACUAUGAGGAGCCUGGGAUCGUUUGCAGAUGAGUACAAGAAAAUUGUUGCAGACUACAAAUCAUUAAACAUGCGGCACAACGACCUUUUGGCUAUUCUCCGUGACAUGAAGAGCGCCAUCGGCUACCAGUCCAAUGAGGUGGGAAGGGAUCUUAUCGAUUUUGUGUACAAAAUGCAGAAUAGCCUUGUUCAACUUCAAAACCAAGUAAGAGACAUGACAAAGGUGGCCCGUGCCCAAGAGGCAGAACUUGCGCAGCUUCAAUCGACGAAAUUGAAGCUAGAAGGCACGAACACGGCGAGUGUUGAGGUGGAAUCUCUCCUCAAGAAGGCACUUAACGCACGUGAGGCCGACUAUAAGGAUCUUCAGGAUCGCUUUAGGGAAUGUCAGUCUCGCCUCCUCAAGGCCGAGGACAAAGUCAAAGAGACCACACAGGAGAACGCGAUCCUCCAAUCAACUAUUAGUGAGUUGAAAGCAGAGAAAGACAGCAUAAGAACAAUUUUAGACGAAACCGACGCGGAGAAGCGUCAUCUCCAGGAAAAACUUGCCCUUGACGAAAAAGAGCUGCUGCAACUACGUCAAAACGUCCGCAAAUUGGAUGCAGCAGGUACCCUGAGUCCCACGCGAAAGCCUGUGAUUGCACCUGUCAGCGAUGCAGAGCUAUCCCCGGUGACUAACGAUACAAAUCCGCAGCCUGCAGGGACUCCUCCGACUAUUCCCACGACUCCCAGCAAAAUUGAUCCUAAGCAUGGGGCAGGAGAUAAGGUGUCUGAGAGGACCGCAGAGGAGCUGGAAAAGAUCCAGGGCAAGAUGAUGGAGCUGAAAGAAUAUGAGGCGCGGCUUAGAGCAGACAAGAUUAAGAUGCGCGAGGAGGCCGUACAGAUUAGGCGCGAGAUAGAAGCCGCGCAGGAUGAGGCGCUCCGAUACAAGAGCGAGGCAAAAGAGUUGCGUGAGCGUGUCUCCAUUAUGAGCAAAACGCUGAAUCGUGGAAGCCUGUCAGAUGAGGCUAAGCCUCAAGCAGAGCAGCAAUUAGCUAGGCUGAAGUCUCUCGAGGAUGAAAACGACUCCUUGCGCACAGAGUUAGCCUACUUCCGUGCCGUCAAAGCGAGCGCUACAACAGGCGAUCUAGCGACAGAGCUCUCGAACACUCGUGCCGCCAUGCAAACCAUGCAAGAGCAACUUGCUUCCUUGAAGGCAGAGAAGGCCCUUUCCGACAAAUAUAUUCAGGAACUCCUAACAAGAGGGUCUACUGGUAGCCUCAUGGGGAGCGCCGGAACUGUCAGCUCUCGUCCAGGAAGCGGGAAGGCUGCUAGUAGCAACGCUCUUAAGCAUUAUUUACACAGAGAGUUAGAGCAGGAGUCCAGACCAGCCCUUUUUGACAGAGCACCCAGCAAGCGCUCCACUGUAGGAUCAUUGUCAUCGUCUUCCGGGGGUAUUGCUCCCGGCGCAGGCCCGUCUCUUGUAAGUGAUUACAAAGCAGGCAAGAGCCUCAAGCUUUCAAUUCUUAAAAGCCACAUGGAUAUGAACACAGUACUUGGAGAAAAAAAUAGUGCCUUAGCUGAUGCGUCUGCGGCCAUCACGCGCAACAGGGCCAGCUCGUCCGGGAUGCAGUACGGAGGGCUAGGCUUUUGA